CAAAAUGGCCGAAAUCUAUUGUGGCACGACAGACGUCUCGAAAUAGGUAUUAGCAAUUUGUCGUUUGUUAACUCUUCGAAAUAAAGUUUAGUGUCAAAGUGUGUCGGUCAUUGCGGUGUCCUAUGCUAGUGCAUGUUGUGUGCGAGUGUUGGCCAAGUGUCACUUUGUGAUACCACGUUUAUCUAAAAAGUUUUUGUGUUUGUGUUUCUUGUUUUUACCAAUAAAAUCAUCCCGACGUUUGUUUUGGAUUUAUGUACACUUGAUUACGGUGAUGCUGGGCGGGGCGGUGUCGCCGGGCGGCGACGACCUCCUCACCGUCACCGUGGUCCGCGACGAGCAUGGAUAUGGAAUGAAGGUUUCAGGUGACAAUCCGGUGUUCGUGCAAUCAGUGAAGGAGCACGGCGCAGCGUGGCGGGCCGGCCUGCGGGCUGGAGACCGGAUCCUGAGGGUCGACUCUAUACCAGUACAUCAUCACACUCACCAGCAAGUUGUCCAUAUGAUACGAGCGAACCCGACGACCGUGCUCACCGUGCAGCAGAACACUUCAAGACACAAAACUCCCAUCACAGCGCCGGUACCCGUCAAUUCGGAGAAGCAGCGUCAGCUGGAAGUCUCUAAGGUCCACACGAUGAGGUUGAUGCUGGAGCAAGAACAGAAGUACAUCAGAGACCUUCGUAAUGAACUAUCAAAAGUCCCCGACGUGCGAAAACAAGCUCAGCUAGAAGCUGCCGAGCUGCGUUGCUCCAAGCUGCAGCACGAGAUCGACAGCAUCAUGGCCGGACAGCCCGAGCCGACCUCACCCGCGCCGUCCACGCCGCGCCUUAACACUCGCACCCGGAGCAGCCUCGACAAGAGCCCCCUCUCGCACAACACGGGCUUCCUGAGCGGCCUUCCGCGCUCCCUGAGCAAUCUCACCGGACAAUCCUUGAGGAACCUUCGGCAGGCGCGCCAGAGCAACAAGAACCAGCAAGAGAACCAACCUCCACUCGUGCGACAGAAUUCGGACGAUGACACCAAGCGACGUCACGCGCACAACAAUACAGUGCCUCUGGUGCCGACCACUUGUCUGGAUAACGUGACCCCUCCCCCUCUGCCGCCGCGAUCGAUCGAGAGACCAAAGAGGAGCCCGUUGAGCCCACCGACCACGCCGGUCAAUCCCCUAGCCAAACCUAAGCCGUGCUCUACGAGCUUUGCGCAGAAGAACAACACGGGGAGGUAUUACCCCGAAAGGCCUCAGUUUCCGAUGCACCAGUCCAUGCCGGGCUACAAGGACGACCACUCGAGGCAGUUCCGGAGGUCGUCUCACUCUCUGGACGGGGAGCUCGAGGGUCCUCAGCCCAAUUCGAUCGCGUUGCAGAUGAGUUACCCGUUGGUGAAUUUACCGCCUCCGCCGCUGCAGACGGACAACAGGAGUGGCGUGCCGGUGCUGCACACCAGGAGCAGGUCCUCGCCGGAGCAGCUGGAUUGCGAGUUGACCAGGUCGAACACGCUGCCCGGCGCCGCGCCCGCGGCCCCCGCGCCCACCCCGCCCCCGCCCGGCACGCCGCCGCCCCCCUACCACACCAACACGCAGCCGUGUGCCGAUCCCCAGAGGGCCAUCAUCUCAAUGGAGGAGGAUGACUCCCCCGCCUCGGACACGUCCACAUACUCCGGGCUGUUCUCGAACCUGCGGUCGGUGCGCGAGUCCAAGGCCAGGACCGCGGUGCUGCUAAACUGGCUACUGGGAGAAAGGAGAUGCGCGUGCGCCAGUCUGCUGCUGAUCCUCACGGACGCGUACCGGUCGGCGAGUGGCGUGACGGCGGCCACGCUGCGCCGCUGGGCCUACGAGAUACACUCCACGUUCCUCAUGCCCAACGCGGUUCUGCAGCUGAAUGGCGUCGACGAAAACAUGGCGAAUGAAAUCGAACAUAUCCUAGUUAACGAGCACGACAAGGAGGAGCUGGUCCGCAACGUGUUCCGCAAGGCGCGGCAGAAGGCGAAGGAGGAGCUGAGCUCGCAGCUGUCGGAGUUCCAGGUGAAGCGGCAGGUGGGGCUCGGCACGCUGUACGGCCCGCACGACGCGCUGCUCGAGCGCUGCGACCUGGACAAGGCGCAGGAGCUGGUGGUGGUGGAGCAGGUGAUGACGUCACAGCUGCGCGCGGUGAGCGCCGCGUCCCCCGCGCCCGCCGCCCCCGCCCCCUCGCCCGCCGCCGCGCAGGACGCGCACAACACGCUGCUGGCCGCGCUCAUCGCCGCCGCGCUCGCGCUGCACUGUCGGCCCGCGUCCGUGGCCGCCGCCGUGGGGGGCGCCCGCGCCUCCUUCCUGCAGAGGGACAAGCUGUACAAGCAGAGGGUCAAGCAGAUCAUGAAGCAGCAUCCCCAGCCGUUCGUGGUGAGGGGCCACCACCUGCAGCUGCAGGCGCUGACGUCGGUGGGGCACUGCCACCGCUGCGACCACGUCAUCUGGGGCCUGGCGCCGCAAGCCUACGUGUGUGCCGAUUGCAAGCUGCGGGUCCACCGCGCCUGCGCCAAGUCCGUGGAGGAGGGCUGCUGCCUGGACGGGGAGCACCACACCAACAGGAUAUCGCGGUUCAUGGAGCGGAUGCAUCCCAACAAUCAACCCAACGCUCAAGACGUGAACGACAAGAAAUCAAGAAAGGCUUCGGGCACGGCGCAUUUCCUCAACAUGGAACGCAGUUUCCGGAAGACUGAAGACGAGGCACCCUGGGACGCAAUCAUUGCACCAGCUCAAGGAGAGUCAAGAAGGGAGGGUUCGACGGACGAGCCGUCCGCCCCCGAAGUCGACGUUGAUAGUAACGAUGUCAACUCUAAAGAAGCUGACAAGGAAACCAAUUGGCGUACAACGACAUCUAGCGGUCGCGGCGUGAACCGCGCCGAGAGCUGUCGCGAGCGCGACGCGCCCCGCCGCGGGAAGCACCGCAACGCCAGCGACCCCAACCGACUCACCGCACACAACAACCAUGAUUUGGAGCCCGGGGCGCCGACGGCCCCCUCCGGCAGCUCGAGCAGCUCGAGCUUAUCAUCCCGGAGCAAUGAGAGCAACACCGUCGUCGCCGAACAACAAGCCACACAGUCGGACUGGUCCGAGGAGGACGAGCCGCUGGCCGCGCAGUGGGUGGACAGCGUGCCCCCCCACGUGCUGGACGCGCUCGACCUCAGCGCCAGGCUCCGCAAGCGGCAGGAGGUCAUACACGAGCUAAUAGUGUCUGAGGGCUCCCACGUCCGCUGGCUCAAAGUCCUGGGCGGCGUGUUCCUGCGCGGCCUAGAAGCGCAGCCGAGCUUACUGCCCCCCGACGAGCUGAGAGCUUUGUUCCCAAACUUACCGGCCGUGAGAGAGAGGCACCAGCGGCUCUACUGCUCGCUGAAAGCUCUCAGAGCGGUGCCCGCCAACCCGCUGGUCACCAUCCGACCAUUAGCAGAUGCUAUUCUGGAGACGCUGGGCGAUCCGGGCUACGCCCCGUGCCUGUCCCGGUUCUGCAGCGGACAGCGCCUCGCGCUGGACGUGCUCCGGGAGCGGAGACGGAAGAACAAGGAGCUGCACCAGUUCCUGUCCAGCAAGGAGCAGCUGCCGCUCUGCGGGCGCCUGCAGCUCAGGGACCUGCUGGCCUGUGUGUGGCAGAGGCUGACAAAGUACCAGCUGCUGCUGGAGAACAUCCUGAAGACGGUAUCGGAGGGCGACGAGGAGAGCGCGGAGGACGUGGGGCGGCUGCGGCGCGCGCUCGCCGUCGCCAAGGACGUGCUGCACGGAGUCGACACCGCCGUGCGCACCGCAGAGAACGAGCACAGGUUGCGCAGCAUCCAGCAGAAGCUGGAGGUCCGCGUGCCGGCCGGCGGCGAGUGGGAGGAGCUGCGCCGGCUCGACCUCACGCAGCGCGCCCUCCGCCUCGAGGGAGACCUGGCCAUCCGAGGAGACUCCACCAAGAAGAUACACGUGCUGGCGUUGAUGCUAGAAGACAGUUUGGUCCUGCUGCAGCGGGAGGGCGACAAGUUCGUGCUGAAGCCGAUCCCGCAGUCCAGCAGCGCGCAGCACCAGCUGCUGUCGCCGCUCGUCAAGUGGGACAAGGUGCUGUUCCGGCCCAACGCGGCCGUCAGGAACACGUUCUUCCUCAUGAACAUCAACGGCGUCCAGAUGCACGAGCUCUCCGCCAGCAGCGCGCAGGAGUACGCCGCCUGGGUCAAGCACAUAGAAGAGGCUCCGCUGGCAAAGCUGACCGAGUUGAAGUCGAGCCUGACGCCUUCCCACCAGACCAGCCGCUCCGUCGACGACACGGGCGCCAGCGUGUCGCGCAACCCCUCCGACGCGUCGGAGAAGUCGCCCCUCCCCGCCGACGAGCCCUCGCCGCCAGAGCGAGACGGGACCUCCGCCGACCGGAGCCCCGCCGAGAGCGAGAGGGACGACAACACCCCCACCAGACUCGAGGAGAGGCGCUCCCUGGACAAGGAGGAAGUGUCCGACAGAGAGGAGAAGCACACGCCGCGGCGGCCGACGGUGGGCUGCAUCAGCACGCACGUGUGCGCGCCCCCCGCCCCCCUGCAGGGCCCCGCCGCGCUGGCCGUGCGCGAGCCGCCCGUGCACACCGCGCGCACAGUCUGCACGCCGGAAGAGUACCUGCGGCGCCUGGACUCGCAGAUCCGGCGCGCGAUGCUGGCCAAGCGCGACAUCGUGGCCGACAUGCUGGGCGUGCCGCGCCGCGACUACGAGCAGCUGGCCGAGCUGUGCGUGGCCGACACGCUGGGGACCGUCGACAUAGACCAGGAGCUGCGUUCGACGGGCGACCGGCUCUCCCGCUCCGACAGCGUGGAGGAGGAGGGCGACAGGGCGGAGCCGGACGUGCACCAGCUGCUGCUGGCGACGUUCGCGCAGGCGGACGAGAUCCUGUCGUGCGUGCGGCGCGGCCUGCGCGCGUCCGAGCCCGCCGCCGUGCUGGCGCGCGCCCGCCCGCCCCGCGCCGCCAGGCACCUCGCCGCCGACGACCUGAUUCCACUAGCGCCGCUGUCGCCCGAGGGCGGGGCGGGGGCUGAGGGCGCGGAGCGGCGCGGGGCGGGGGGCACGUGCGCGCCCUGCGCCGCCGGAGCCCCGCCCCCCGACGCCGGGGAGGGCGGCGCCCUGGACGACAGCUACGAAGGCGAGGUGACGGCGCAGGAGCUGGCGUGUCGCGUGGCCGGUGCGGCCCUGGGGCUGCAGGACGCGGCGCGGCGGCUGCUGGUGGCGUGCACCGCGCCCGCCGCCGCGCCGCCGCGCCUGCGGGAGCACCUCGCCGUGCUCAGCGAGACCAACCACCGCCUCGCGCACCGCGCCCUGCGAGCACAACAAGCGGCGCCGGACGCGACCGCCGACACGGGCGCGGCGCCCGGGGCGGCGACACCGGAGCAGGCGAGCAACGGAGGGUGAUCUCUCAUCUCAAUAAAAUACGUAAAAACUAAACCAAAAUCGGAACUCGACGAGGCACGGGCCCCGCGGGACUGGACGGACGUGACGUCACGGGCCCGCACCGGUCCGGCCAGCGUCCGGCCAGCAUCCGGGCAACAUCCGGGCGCUUUCCAGCAUUACUGUCGUAAAUAAUGUUAACCGCUAUCGAAUACGAAAAAUGUAUAUUUUGUAAUAAAAUGAUAUAUUGUUUAUUUAGCUUUAUCUUAUUGUUAUAUGUAAUAAAUAAAUAAAUGAUUCCAUACGUAAGUCUGUAUGUGAGCGGCCCGCGUGUGGCGCGCCUGUGUUAUAUCGUCAUUAUAAUUAUUACGAAAU